ACGCCUUAUGCAACCGCAUAUGGGACCUAUCCGCGACGUCUACCGUUCAUUCACGAAAAGCGAGCGAGUGCAUGUGAGUAGUGAAGGCGCUACGCGGAUACUCGCGCGUGUGAUCUCAAAUGAACAGCUAGUGCAAACAAGCCCGCGCACAGCAGCAGCAGCAGCAGCACGAACGCCCACACAUUUCUACGCGCAUUCAGUCUUUACCGACCGCGGGGGAGUGAGUACAUACCACUCACAUACUCACACACGCACACGAACAGGCAGGCACACGUUGGGACGGUAUGGACGCAGGUGUGUGCGUGCACGCAGCCGGCGACAACGAGGUAUUCGACGAGGAUCGCGAUCAGAUCGUCCCCGAUGUCACCGCAAAGCUAACCGCUGUCAAGCGAGAGGACCAGCAGAACACGUGUCGCUUCUCCAACGCAACACAGGCAGACAGACCACUGAUCGAUCAGUUCUUGCUGGCCAGUAUAGACUCGUUCGCUCUCAAGGCUAGUCGCAGAGAAAGCGCCUCACUCGUCGACGAGUUCUUCAACGACGACGAGGACGACGAGGACGACGACGACGAGGAGGAGGAGUUCGAGGAGACGAGUUCCCGUAACGUCUACGCAAAGCAGUCGACCGCAGAGGGUGGCGCCACCUGCCGCAAGCUGUCGCACUUCGAACCGUCGGAGAGCCUGACGCGGACGGUGCUGACGAAAUCUCUGCGACACCCGCCGACGGAAGUGCGCAAGCCGUCGCCGCCGAUCGGCGCAAAGGACGACGCCGACGUCUGCGCGAAAGCCGACGAGAUGAACAUUCAGAACGUGUGGGAGGCCAUCCGGCAGUCGUCGGAGGCGAUCGAUGACAUUAAGCUAUUCGGCGAGUUCGGAAAGCCGGUGAUGGUGAAGAUGGAACCGAACGAGAACGUGUCGCCGUGCAGCGUCGACUCGACGACGAUGGCGCUGCCACCUUGCGGCUACCCGCUGAAUCAGGCCGUCGCGCAGAGCUACGACUUUCCGGGCGAGUUCCGCCUUCCACCGCUGCGCGACGCUCUUCUGAACGACGUGAAACUCUCGCAGAUACAGUUGGAGCCGAUGGGCAUUAACCCUUUCCACGCGUACCAGCAGCAGCAGCAGCAGCAGCAGCAUCAGCAGACGCUGCCGGGCGCCGAGAGUCUCUUUCAGACGAAAGUCAAAUCGGAACUUGUCGAUUUAGGCGGCUGGCUGUGCAAUCCUCCGCCGGCGUACCCGCUGACGCCGCCCGAGUCGCAGCCGAACAGUCCCGACCUCGCCAUCUCCAUGGUGCCGCGUCACACGCCGCCGCCUCCCUACACGAUGGCGGCGAACUCUGGCGGCUACUCGAUGUCGUCGGCGUCGGACUGCUGCAUCGUCAGCUCGUCGACGACCGACGCGCUGCUGGAGAGCCGACUGCGGGAGUGCACGACGAUUCGCUACAACCGACGCAACAAUCCCGAGCUGGAGAAGCGACGCAUACACUUCUGUGACUUCCCUGGAUGUAGGAAGGCCUACACGAAGAGCUCUCAUUUGAAAGCGCACCAAAGAAUACAUACAGGCGAGAAGCCGUACCAGUGCUCGUGGGAGAGCUGUCUCUGGCGGUUCGCUCGCUCCGACGAACUGACGCGCCACCUACGCAAGCAUACGGGCGCCAAGCCGUUCCGCUGCCGUGUGUGCGACCGUUCGUUCGCCCGCUCCGACCACCUGGCGCUGCACAACCGCCGCCACGCGCCGAAAGCCAAGGGCUUGUGACCGGUGUCAGUCGACCACCGGCCGUUGUCGUCGUCGUCAUCGUCGUCAUCGUCGUCGUCAUCGUCUGGGAGCCAAACGUCGUCCGCAAGUGCGCGUGCACGCCGAGGGCGAGCGGUCGUGCCCGCGUUGUCGUCAGAUCGUGUAGCUAACGUGGACGUGGAUCUACGAGGACGACCUACAUCCUGGCACGGACCGCGCGUCGCGUGGCACAGCCGGACAUCCUGUACGCGCAGGAUGUCGCUGUAAACCACUGGCGUUAUCGGAGAUUGACUUUUUUUUAAAUGUGGCCAUACGCGCUGUGUAGACUGUACAAUUGUAGUGUAUCGACGAAGAAGAAUUUCUAUUGUGGUAUAAGUGAUGAGUCAAAAGAAUCUAUAUUUAUUAAAACGUGUUUGUUUCGUUAGGUCUGAUAUAGGCGUAGGUAUGUACAGAUCAUGAAAUAACUGUUGUUUCGUCAUAUUUAAUACAUUCCGUAUCGUAUUUUCUUCCUGUUACUUCAUCGUUGUAGAGGAGGAGGUGCCAGUAGCGACCUCCUUUAUGACUACACCGAGUCUUCAUUGAACUUUAGAUAAUAAACUAAGAUCUGUAUAUAGCUUAGACGUUGAUCGCUGCUGUAUUGUGCCGAAUUCGAGUGUGACUGGUGACUAUGAUUGAUUUAUUAAGCAUGUAUUCUACGGUAUAAUAAUGUAUUCGCCAGACAGGGAUAAUGUUAGUUUUUCGUGCAUCGAAGCAAUAGAUCAUCGAGGAAUCAAAUUGAGUUGCUGUUUAGACAGGUAGCAAUAAAGAUAGGCGAGGUACGGUAGAAUUGCGGUAGUUCGAUUUUCUAUUGAGGGACCAAAACGCUUAAAAUGACCAGAUUUUUGUGAUUAAAAAUUAUUGUGAAAAUAUUUCACCACGUGCCAACUUAAAAAUGGAGUGCCUGUGUAUACAAUUGUCGUUGUUCGUAUUUUCAUAGAUCCUAGAUGAGUUAUCACUAUUGUGUUUAUUAGCAUGAAAUGGGAUGUGCUCUUUCAAUAAAUCCGCCAAUGAACUGGCAAAUAUCCCAGUAGACAAUCAAAUAUGACCGAAUUAAGCUGAUUUAAGGAAAGUAACUUGUUUUUGUUUUUUUAAUUCGGCUUCUAUGAACAUGCUUUCUGUGCCUACCAAUCAAAAUGGAUCUUAAAUGCGGUACGUAUUUGAUUUUAGAAUAUACGGAAUAUGUGUGGAUUACAAAAAUAUAUAUUUUAGUAUACGGACAUUAUUGUAGUCGUGUUUUAUCUAUGUGAUGUUGGAAAACCUAUUCUGAAAUGUUUAUAGAAUGUAGUGAAUGCAUGUAGAAACGUGCACGUAAUAAAGUUUAGUGCUCCAUAUCUAAUUACCAAUUGGAAUUAUGUAAAUUGUUUAUGAAACGACGUAAUCAAAAUUGUUCUAAAAACUUAUCAAUGAACUUUUAAUGAGUCUUCUAUCUCACAAGGGUGUAACGUUUUUGCUAUAAUAACAGAAUGCUCACCUUUGCUACCAUUGUAAAUAUUGGAAAAAUUUUGUAUCUAAUUAAAUCUUAUGUAAUCUCAUGAUGAUAGUAUGGAAAACUUUGGAAUUUUUCAUGCCACGCAUGUCUAGUAAUAAACAGACCCUUCACGUUCAUCUAAAAGAA